AUGGCCAACAGCAACCUUCUCGUCCUCACAGGAGCAACCGGCUUCCUAGGCUCCAAAGUCCUCGUCUUGGCCCUCAAGGCAGGCUACAACGUCCGCAUCGUCGUCCGAUCCGCCUCCAAAGCCAACAAAGUCUUCAACGCGCCCUCCAUCAAGGCCCUCAAUCCCUCCGCAGAGCAGCUCUCGCAUGUCCUCAUUGAAAACAUGGAAGUGCCCGGCGCCUUUGACGAAGCCCUCAAGGGAGCGACCCAUGUCAUCCACUGCGCCUCUCCCAUCCCCAGCUUCGGCGGCGUGGCACCAACUCAAGAAUACUACCACGAGUUCUUCAUCCAGCCCGCUCGCCGAGUGACAAUUGGGCUCCUUGAGAGCAGCCGCAAGGCCGGCACGGUCCGGCGCGUCGUCAUCACCAGCUCUAUUGUCGCCAAUGUUCCCUACCAGUACUACCUCGGCCAAGGAGACGACAAGAUCUUUACCGCCGAGACCCGCAUCCCCGUCGACAAGGGGCCCUAUGGCUCCGAGAUGCAGGCCUACGCCGCCAGUAAGACUGCUGCUCUGAACGAGUCUGAGGCGUGGGUUGCGGAGAACAAGCCCGGUUUCGACCUGAUCAGCAUUCUCCCUGGCUGGAUCUGGGGUGCUGACGAGCUGGCCACGACGCCACAAGACUUUGAGUCCAGCUCGACGAACUCUGUACUCCUUGCUUUUCUCCGAGGCUCGCAGUCCGAGGUUGCAUCCCACGUCGGAUCAGUGCUGAUUGACGAUUGCGCAAAGCUUCACAUUCUGGCUCUGGAUCCCAAGAUUCCCGGCAACCAAGCCUUUCUCGCUGUAGCAGAUGACAUUAACGGGAAAGAUUGGGAGGAUGCCAUCGACAUCAUCAAAAAGAACUACCCGGAAGCCAUCGAGAAGGGACUUUUGAAGACGACUGGAAAGCAGCCGACCAUUCGCAUCCGCCUUGACGCCAAGAAGACGGAGGAAACGUUUGGUUUCAAGCUGGCUGGGUUUGACGAGCAGGUCAAGAGUUUGGUCAACCAGUAUCUUGAGGUUAUCAAGGCUUAA